AUGAAGAUUGGUGGCCGCAAAGGGCGUACUGUAUUGCUAACAGACGGAAAGGGAUAUACUCAACGAACAAACCCCAAUCACCGAACUGACUUCACUGUUCAAGACGUGCAAGGAUUGGCGAAAAUCAGCAAGAGGAAUCAAUUGAAAACAUGUCUGGGAGAUGAUCACAAAGCACACAAAUAUUUGAAGAACAUGUCUCCAAGAGACCAAGCCAGAGUCAAUAAUGUGUUUGAAGGAGCGGCUGGUUAUGAUAGAGAUACGGUGAGAAUCGCCGAGAGAUUGGCCGAGCAAUUGGGUAUUCCGGAAACCGAACCUGGAAAAUUUAUGUCUCUUGUGGAAGUGGUGGCGGCUGAGAGAAAGUCCGGACGACGGCUGAAUUUCAACGAUCCAAGCACCUUUUCACGCUUUUUGAACGACAUCAACAUUGAUGUCAAAAAGAUUGGAAAUAUCGUGGCAAGAAAGCAAUUGAAGUUCGUCGAUGAUUAUUUGGCACUUUAUCACUACCGGAAACAUGGAGAAGAGUUCAUGACUCAUUGCUCUCUUCAAUUCUAUCUAGGAGAGCUUCCAAGUAAAGUUGUCAAUCAAGGCAAACUGGUUGAUGUUUGUGAGAUGAAUAUGAUGGCCCAGAAUGGUGUUCAAGAAGUCAUCCAUCAAAAGACCUAUUAUCUCCCAAACGAUGAAAUGUGUGUGCCGGCUAUGAGAAGUAUCAACAAAGAAUUCAGGUCACAAAGACUCCACCAUUGGAUG